AUGGAGGGCUACAGGCUCACCAGGGUGCCCGUGGAGUCGUGCAGCCAGUACGAGACCUGCAGCGAGUGCCUGGGCUCGGGGGACCCCCACUGCGGAUGCUGCACGAGGAAGGAGCGGUGCGAGCGCUCCAGCGAGCCGCGCAGAUUCGCCUCGGAGAUGAAGCAGUGCGUCCGCCUCACCGUGCACCCCAACAACAUCUCCGUCUCCCAGUACAACGUUCUGCUGGUCUUGGAGACCUACAACGUCCCCGAGCUGUCAGCAGGAGUCAACUGCACCUUCGAGGACCUCUCGGAGAUGGAUGGGUUGGUGGUGGGCAGCCAGAUCCAGUGCAUCUCUCCAGCUGCCAAGGAGGUGCCCCAGAUCAUCACAGAGAAUGGUGACCAUCACAUUGUCCAGCUUCAGCUCAAGUCCAAGGAAACGGGGAUGACCUUUGCCAGCACCAGCUUCGUCUUCUACAACUGCAGCGUCCACAACUCGUGCCUGUCGUGUGUGGAGAGCCCUUACCGCUGCCACUGGUGCAAGUACCGCCACGUCUGCACCCACGACCCCAGCUCCUGCUCCUUCCAGGAGGGACGAGUCAAGAUGCCCGAGGACUGUCCCCAGCUGCUGCAGGCCGAGAAGAUCCUGGUGCCCGUGGAGGUGAUCAAACCCAUCACGCUGAAGGCCAAGAACCUGCCCCAGCCACAGUCGGGCCAGCGGGGCUACGAGUGCAUCCUGAACAUCCAGGGCAGCGAGCAGAGGGUGCCGGCCUUGAGGUUCAACAGCUCCAGCGUGCAGUGCCAGAACACCUCGUACUCGUACGAAGGGAUGGAGAUCAACAGCCUGCCAGUGGAGCUGACAGUCGUGUGGAACGGGAAUUUCAACAUUGACAACCCGGCACAGAACAAAGUUCACCUGUACAAGUGCGGGGCCAUGCGGGACAGCUGCGGACUCUGCCUGAAAGCCGACCCCGACUUCGAGUGUGGCUGGUGCCAGGGACAGAACCAGUGCACGCUGAAGCAGCACUGCCCAGCCCAGGACAGCCAGUGGCUGGAGCUGUCCAGCACCAAGGGCAAGUGCACCAACCCCAAGAUCACGGAUAUCAACCCCGUGACGGGUCCCCGCGAGGGCGGGACCAAAGUGACCAUCCGUGGGGAGAACCUGGGCCUGGAAUUCCGGGAUAUCGCAUCCCACGUCAAAGUGGCCGGUGUGGAGUGCAAGCCGCUGGUAGAAGGGUACAUCCCAGCAGAGCAGAUCGUGUGUGAGAUGGGGGAGGCCAAGCCCAGCCAGCACGCCGGAUUUGUGGAAAUCUGCGUGGCCGAGUGCAAGCCAGAGUUCAUGGCCAGGUCUUCUCAGCUCUACUACUUCAUGACUCUGACCCUCUCUGACCUGAAGCCAAAGCGAGGACCAGUGUCGGGUGGCACCCAGGUGACAAUCACAGGCAACAACCUCAACGCUGGCAGCAACGUCAUUGUGACCUUUGGGCGACAGCCCUGCCUCUUCUACAGGAGAUCCACCAAGCACAUUGUCUGUAACACCACGGCCUCCUAUGAAGGCUUUGAGAAGGUGAAGGUGUCCGUGAGAGUGGACAAGGCCAAGAUCCACCAGGAGCUUCACUAUGAGUAUGUAGAGGAUCCCACCAUCCUGAGGAUCGAGCCUGAGUGGAGCAUCUUCAGUGGCAACACUCCCAUUGCCGUGUGGGGAACUCACCUGGACCUCAUCCAAAACCCUCAGAUCCGGGCAAAGCACGGUGGAAAGGAGCACGUCAAUAACUGUGAGGUGCAGAACAGCACAGAGAUGACCUGCCAGGCCCCAGCACUGGCUGUGGACCCCAAUCACCAGUCUGAGCUCGCUGAGCGCCCGGAGGAGUUUGGCUUCAUCCUUGACAAUGUGCAGUCCCUGCUGAUCCUCAACAAAACCAACUUCACCUACUACCCCAACCCUAUCUUUGAGGUUUUCAAUCCCUCAGGGAUCCUGGAGCUGAAGCCUGGAAGUCCCAUCAUCCUGAAGGGCAGGAAUCUGAUCCCACCGGUGGCAGGAGGCAAUGCCAAGCUGAACUACACCGUUCUGGUGGGUGAGAAGCCCUGUGCAGUGACCGUGUCAGACGUGCAGCUCCUCUGCGAGUCCCCAAACCUCACUGGGAGGCACAAGGUGAUGGCUCGUGUAGGAGGGAUGGAGUUCUCUCCAGGGAUGGUCUACAUCUCCCCAGACAGCCCUCUCAGCUUGCCAGCCAUCGUCAGCAUUGCGGUGGCCGGUGGGCUGCUCAUCAUCUUCAUCGUGGCCGUGCUGAUCGCCUACAAGCGCAAGUCCAGGGAGAGCGACCUCACCCUCAAGCGCCUGCAGAUGCAGAUGGACAACCUGGAGUCCAGGGUGGCCCUGGAGUGCAAAGAAGCCUUUGCAGAGCUGCAGACAGAUAUCCAUGAGCUGACGAGUGACCUGGAUGGAGCUGGGAUCCCUUUCCUUGACUACCGAACCUACACAAUGAGAGUGCUUUUCCCUGGCAUUGAAGAUCAUCCAGUCCUGAGGGAUUUGGAGGUCCCUGGCUACCGGCAGGAACGGGUGGAGAAGGGCCUGAAGCUCUUUGCCCAGCUCAUCAACAACAAGGUUUUCCUGCUGUCCUUCAUCCGCACGCUGGAGUCGCAGCGCAGCUUCUCCAUGCGGGACCGCGGCAACGUGGCCUCGCUGAUCAUGACGGUGCUGCAGAGCAAGCUGGAGUACGCCACCGACGUCCUCAAACAGCUCCUGGCCGACCUCAUUGACAAAAACCUGGAGAGCAAGAACCACCCCAAGCUGCUGCUCCGUAGGACAGAAUCUGUGGCUGAGAAAAUGCUCACCAACUGGUUCACCUUCCUCCUCUACAAGUUCCUCAAGGAGUGUGCUGGAGAGCCUCUCUUCUCCCUUUUCUGUGCCAUCAAGCAGCAGAUGGAGAAGGGUCCCAUCGACUCCAUCACUGGGGAGGCCCGGUACUCACUGAGCGAGGACAAGCUCAUCCGACAGCAGAUCGACUACAAGACCCUGGUGCUGAGCUGUGUGAACCCCGACAACGUGAACAGCCCCGAGAUCCCGGUGAAGAUCCUCAACUGCGACACUAUCACGCAGGUCAAGGAGAAGAUCCUCGAUGCCAUCUUCAAGAACGUGCCCUGCUCCCACCGGCCCAAAGCUGCUGACAUGGACCUGGAGUGGCGUCAGGCGAGCGGGGCGAGGAUGAUCCUUCAGGAUGAGGACAUCACCACCAAGAUAGAGAACGACUGGAAGAGACUCAACACGCUGGCACACUACCAGGUCCCAGAUGGAUCUGUGGUAGCUUUGGUAUCCAAGCAAGUCACUGCCUACAACGCAGUCAACAACUCCACGGUGUCCCGGACAUCAGCCAGCAAGUAUGAAAACAUGAUCCGCUACACGGGCAGCCCCGACAGCCUCCGCUCGCGCACCCCCAUGAUCACCCCCGACCUGGAGAGCGGCGUCAAGAUGUGGCACCUGGUCAAGAACCAUGAGCAUGGAGACCAAAAAGAGGGUGACCGAGGCAGCAAGAUGGUUUCUGAGAUCUACCUGACCAGGUUACUGGCCACCAAGGGCACCCUCCAGAAAUUCGUGGACGAUCUCUUUGAGACCAUUUUCAGCACCGCUCACCGUGGCAGUGCCCUCCCCCUGGCCAUCAAGUACAUGUUUGAUUUCCUGGAUGAGCAGGCAGACAAGCACAACAUCCACGACCCCCACGUGAGGCACACCUGGAAGAGCAACUGCCUCCCCUUGCGCUUCUGGGUUAACAUGAUCAAGAACCCGCAGUUCGUCUUCGACAUCCACAAAAACAGCAUCACAGACGCCUGCCUGUCCGUGGUGGCUCAGACCUUCAUGGACUCCUGCUCCACCUCAGAGCACCGGCUGGGCAAAGACUCCCCCUCCAACAAGCUCCUCUACGCCAAGGACAUCCCCAGCUACAAGAACUGGGUGGAAAGGUACUACUCAGACAUCGGCAAGAUGCCAGCAAUCAGCGACCAGGACAUGAACGCUUACCUGGCUGAGCAGUCCCGCAUGCACAUGAACGAGUUCAACACCAUGAGCGCGCUCUCCGAGAUCUACUCCUACGUGGGCAAGUACAGUGAGGAGAUUCUCGGAGCCCUCGAUCAAGACGACCAGGCUGGGAAACAGAAACUAGCCUACAAACUUGAACAAGUCAUAACCCUCAUGAGCAUAGACAGCUGA